AUGCUUCGGGCUUGUGUGCUUGAUUUUGGUGGUAGUUGCGAAGAUCAUUUACCUCUUAAGUUUGUCUACAAAAAUAGCUAUCAGUCAAAUAUUAAGAUGGCUUCUUUUGAGGCGUUGUAUGAUAGACGGAGACAGCCAUUGUCCUUUGAGGUGGGAGACCACGUGUUUCUUCGGGUUUCUCCACGAAAAAGAUUAUUACGAUUUGGAAGGAGUGGCAAGUUGUCACCUUAUUUCAUUGGACUAUUUGAGAUUCUAGAUCAUGUAGGCGAAGUCGCUUACAGGUUGGCUGUACAGCCACAGAUGGACAGAGUCCAUAAUGUGUUUCCUGUUUCGAUGUUACGGAAAUAUGAACUGGAUCCGUCUCACAUGUCGAGUUGGGUUGAUGUUAACAUUGAUGAGGACAUUUCUUAUGAGGAGGGACCCAUUCAGAUUCUUGACACUCGGGACAAAGUGUUAAGGGGUAAGACGGUGCCUCUCGUGAAGGUUUUGUGGCAACACCACGGUGCCAAAGAGGCUACAUGGGAAGGAGAACAGGAUGUUCGUUAUGCGUAUCUGAGUUUGUUUUCUUUCCUAGGUAUGACUUGA